AUGCAAUCAUGGGAGCUUUUAAAGGACAAGCUUCAAGAAAUUGAACCUGAGGCAAACUUGGCUGCAAUCAAGAAAAAAAUUGAGCAUAUGCGAUCGGCUUUCAAUAGAGAGCACAAAAAGGUUAAAGAAUCAAAACGUACGGGAGCAGGAGCCAAUGAUGUCCAUGUUCCUAACCUGUGGUACUAUAAUUUGCUGCUGCCUAUUUUUGACAAGAAAGAUGAACAAUCAAGAUGCGGGGUAGACACGCUGUCCAGUGAUGAAGAAUCCAGACCAUCAGAACAUGAGAAGGGCAGAAAAAAGUUAAAUAUCUUGGAAAUUAAAAAAAGGAAAUUAAUAGAUACUGCACAAGAAUUAUUGCAAAGCGAUAAUAGAAAAGAAAAUCAGAAGGAAAUAAACUCAUUUGGCUUGUACGUAGGAGAACAACUAGAUCAGGUUGAAACAUUUCAACGCCAAGUGGCUGAGAAACUAAUUUCUGAUGUCCUUUUUCUUGCAAAAACAGGGAACCUUAAUUUUGAUUCAAGAAUCGAAACAAAAAGAUCUCGAAAUUUCCCUAUUUUUCAGAUGUCAUCAUCACCACAAUAUACCCGACUAUCACCAUCCCCAAAUUACAUUCAGUCAUCAUCAUCUCCAUAUCACAUUCAGUCAUUAACAUCACCACAACAAAGCCACCCAUCACCAUCCCCAAAUUACAUCCAGUCAUCACCAUCUCCAUAUUACAUCCAGCCAUCACCAUCACCAUCACCAUAUCCCACCCAACCAUCACCACAUCCCACCCAACCAUCACCAUCACCACAUCCCACCAAACCAACACCACAUCCCACCAAACCAUCAUCAUCACCACAUCCUACGAAACCAUCACCAUCACCACAUCCCACCCAAACAUCACCAUCGCACCCUACCAUACCAUCACAUACGAAUAGAAUAAUAUACGAAGGACCGGCUAGUGCAAUAAGUGAAUUUGUAAUAUUUGAAAAGGAUAAAUAA